CGGCCCGGCCCGGCAGAGCCGAGCGGCAGGUGGGCUGCGGCCGGAGCCGUAGAUCCGGGGCCGGGCAGCUCGGGGCUCGGCGGCUCCGGCAGCGCUCCUCGCAGCCGUGAGGCUCCUCUGCCGGCUGCGCCCCGGGACGCGGAGGGAAGCCCGUGGGCGGGCACGGGUGGGGGCACCGCGGCAUCCUCAGAGGGGGAGGUGAAGUAGGCGGAGAAGGAGGAGGAGAAGGAGAAGAGGGAAACCUGCUGCUCCGGAGGGACGAGGUAGCGGCGCUGCAGCGAGCCACCAGCGGCGCGGGCUGCGGGCACAUGCCGGGCUUGGAGCACCGGAGCCGCGGGAUUCCUGCGGGUGUCUCAGCCCAGCUUCCAUCCCUUUCCCGGCGAGAGCGACAGCUGGGCUCCGGCAGGGAGGAGGGCUCACCUACGGCUCCCCUCCCGGAGUGCAUUAAUCCCAGAGCAAGCAAACCUGGUAUCCACAUCAUGGGGGAUGUGAAACUGGUGACAUCUACUCGAGUCUCCAAAACCUCCCUGACACUCAGCCCCCCUGUCCCCACUGAAGCACCAGCAUUCACUCUUCCUCCUCGGAACAUCCGCGCGCAGCUGGGAGCCACCGCCAGGUUUGAGGGGAAGGUCAGAGGCUACCCUGAGCCACAGAUCACAUGGUAUAGGAAUGGGCAUCCUGUCCCAGAGGGAGACCAUUAUGUCAUGGACCGCAGCAUCCGGGGCAUGUUCAGCUUGGUCAUCAAAGGUGUGCAGGAAGGUGAUGGUGGCAAAUAUACCUGUGAAGCUGCAAAUGAUGGUGGGAUUCGUCAAGUGACCGUGGAACUGACAGUGGAAGGAAACUCCUUGAUGAAAUACAGCUUGCCAUCCAGUGCCAAAACCUCUGGGGGAAGACUUUCUGUUCCAUCUGUGGAGCAGAGGCCAAGCAUCUGGGGAGAGAGUCCACCCAAGUUUGCUACAAAACCCAACAGAGUUGUUGUGCGUGAAGGCCAAACAGGCAAAUUCUCAUGUAAAAUAACAGGACGACCUCAGCCUCAAGUAACUUGGUUUAAGGGUGAUAUUCAGUUACAGCAAAAUGAGCGUUUCAACAUGUAUGAGAGAACAGGCAUCCAGUUCUUGGAGAUUCAAAAUGUUCAGCUUGCUGAUUCAGGAAUUUACACCUGCACAGUGGUGAACAGCGCUGGGAAGGCAUCUGUGUCUGCAGAGCUCACCGUUCAAGGUCCAGAUAAGAUAGACACAUACACUCAGCCAUCUUGCAUGCCAUCAAAACCAACCACACUUGCCGUUAAAGCUGUUGAAAAUUCAGAAUUCAAACAGGCCACCAGCAAUGGGAUUGCUAAAGAGCUGAAAUCCAGCAGCACAGAACUCAUGGUUGAAACCAAAGACAAGGUGCCAGCAAAGAGAGAGUCCUUUUACAUCACCACAGAAGCCAAAGAAAGUAAGCAAGGACAGCACCAAGAAACCAGCACAGAACAUAAAGAAGGAAAAAAGGGACCUCAGGUCUUGCAGAAAACGUCAAGCACCAUCACACUACAAUCUGUCAAACUGCAACCAGAACCAAAGGCAGAAUCCCAGGCCCCAUCCAUCAGACAGGGUGAAAACAGGAAAACAGGUGUGCAGCUCCUGAUGUCAGCUCAACAAACUCCACCUCUGGCAGGGCACGUCAGUGCCAGGACUAGAGAAGCAGAAAACAGGUCUGGAGCCCGGGGGGCUGUAAUGGAGGAGAAGAGGGAGCUCCUGGGAGUCCCCCCUCAGUUUGAGAUCCAUCCGCAGAGCCUGGAAGCAUCAGAAGGCCAAGAGAUUAAAUUCAAGAGUAAAGUUUCAGGGAAACCAAAACCAGAUGUAGAGUGGUUCAAAGAAGGCCGACCUAUUAAAGCUGGAGAAGAUGUCCAAAUAUAUGAGGAAGAUGGAAUUCAUUGCCUAUGGAUAAAGAAAGCCUGCUUGAGGGACAGUGGAUCUUACAGCUGUACAGCUGUCAACCCCAAAGGCCAGACUUCCAGCAGCUGGUUUUUAACUGUCAAAAGACCUAAAGUUGAAGAGGUUGCUCCGUGCUUUUCCAGUGUCUUGAAAGGAUGCACUGUGAGCGAAGGACAGGACUUCGUGUUGCAGUGCUGUGUCGGAGGGGUCCCUGUGCCCCACAUCACAUGGCUUCUCAAUGACCAGCCAAUUCAAUAUGCCCAUUCCACUUUUGAAGAUGGAGUUGCAAAACUGACUGUCCAAGAUGCCCUGCCAGAAGACGAUGGAAUUUAUACCUGUCUGGCUGAAAACAACACAGGACAGGCAUCUUGCAGUGCUCAGGUCACAGUCAAAGAAAAGAAGAGCAGCAAGAAGGCAGAGAGUGCACAGGCUACAAAGUUAAACAAGACUUUUGCACCCGUCUUCCUUAAAGGCCUUACUGACCUCAGAGUAAUGGAUGGAAGUCAAGUGAUAAUGACUGUGGAGGUAUCAGCUAAUCCAUCUCCUGAAAUUAUCUGGCUGCAUAAUGGGAAAGAAAUCCAGGAGACAGAAGAUUUCCACUUUGAGAAGAAAGGCAAUGAGUACAGUCUGUACAUCCAGGAGGUGUUUCCUGAAGACACAGGCAAAUACACCUGUGAAGCCUGGAAUGAAGUAGGAGAAAGUCAAACACAGGCUACAUUGACAGUUCAAGAACCUCAGGAUGGUAUUCAGCCCUGGUUCAUUAGCAAACCAAGAUCAGUGACAGCAGCUCCUGGGCAAAAUGUCCUGAUAUCCUGUGCCAUUGCUGGAGAUCCUUUCCCCACUGUUCACUGGUUCAAAGAUGGGAAAGAAAUAAUGCCGGGAACAGCGUAUGAAAUCCUGCAAAAUGAAGAUAUCUUCACACUGGUCUUGAGGAAUGUGCAGUCUCGUCAUGCAGGGCAAUAUGAAAUUCAGCUCAGGAACCAAGUUGGAGAAUGCAGCUGCCAGGUGUCUCUGAUGCUGCGGGAGAGUUCAGCUUCCACAGCAGAAAUGCUCAGAGAUGGGAGGGAAUCAUCCAGCUCUGGAGAGCAAAGAGAUGGUGGAGAUCAUGGUAAACUAACAUUUGGUAGAACAAGUGGCUUCAAAAGGAACAGCAGUGUAACCAGAGUAGCUGAGGAGGAGCAGGAAGACGUCCGAGGCGUGCUGAAGAGACGAGUGGAAACUCGGGAGCACACAGAGGAGAGCCUGAGGCAGCAGGAAGCUGAACAACUUGAUUUCCGUGAUAUUUUAGGCAAGAAAGUCAGCACCAAGAGUUUUUCUGAGGAGGAACUGAAAGAAAUCCCAGCCGAGCAAAUGGACUUCCGAGCAAACCUGCAGCGGCAGGUCAAACCCAAGACCUUGUCAGAGGAGGAGAGGAAAGUCCAUGCUCCCCAGCAGGUGGACUUCCGCUCUGUGCUGGCCAAGAAGGGCACCCCAAAAACCCCAUUGCCAGAGAAGGCACCACCUCCUAAACCUGCAGUUACAGAUUUCAGGUCUGUGCUGGGCUCCAAGAAAAAGCCACCUGCGGAGAAUGGCAGCGCUGGCACCCCUGCACCAAAUGCUCGUGCCAACUCUGAAGCCCAGAAUGCAACCCCCAAUUCUCAAGCCCCUGUUGCCAAACCAGCAGUGAAAAAAGAGGAGAAGAAUGACAGAAACUGUGAACAUGGGUGUGCAGUGGUGGAUGGUGGAAUAAUUGGGAAAAAACCUGAAAACAAAGCACCAGCAAGCAAACCACCAGCAAGCAAAGGAACAGCACCCUCCUUUACAGAGAAGCUUCAGGAUGCUCAAGUGGCUGAUGGUGAAAAAUUGGUCUUACAAUGUCGGAUUUCCUCUGAUCCCCCUGCAGCUGUCACCUGGACUCUAGACAGCAAAGCCAUCAAAUCAUCAAAGUCUAUUGUCAUCUCCCAAGAAGGGACACUCUGCUCACUGACCAUUGAGAAGGCCAUGCCUGAGGAUGGGGGCGAGUACAAGUGCAUAGCUGAGAACCCAGCAGGGAAAGCUGAAUGUGCUUGCAAAGUGGUGGUAGAAGAUGCCUCAAAGACCUCAAAGCCUGCUGAGAAGAAGACCAAGAAGCCUAAGACCACACUUCCCCCAGUGCUGCCAACAGAGAGUGAAGCAACAGUGAAGAAGAAACCAGCUCCAAAGACUCCUCCAAAAGCAGCUGCUCCUCCUCAGAUUACUCAGUUCCCAGAAGACAGAAAAGUCCGUGCAGGUGAAUCAGUGGAAUUGUUUGCCAAGGUGGUAGGAACAGCACCCAUAACUUGCACCUGGAUGAAAUUCCGUAAGCAGAUUCAAGAAAAUGAAUAUAUUAAAAUUGAGAAUGCUGAAAACAGCAGCAAGCUAACAAUAUCAUCAACAAAGCAGGAGCACUGUGGAUGUUACACCCUAGUUGUAGACAACAAACUUGGCAGCAGACAAGCACAAGUCAACCUUACAGUUGUUGACAAACCAGACCCUCCCGCGGGCACUCCGUGCGCGUCCGACAUCCGGAGCUCGUCGCUCACCCUCUCGUGGUACGGCUCCUCCUACGACGGGGGCAGCGCCGUGCAGUCCUACACCGUGGAGAUCUGGAACUCGGUGGAUAACAAAUGGACAGACCUCACCACCUGCCGCAGCACCUCCUUCAACGUGCAGGACCUGCAGGCGGACCGCGAGUACAAAUUCCGCGUGCGAGCUGCCAACGUCUACGGCAUCAGCGAGCCCAGCCAAGAGUCCGAGCUGGUAAAAGUUGGAGAGAAACAAGAAGAACCUAAAGAGGAUGAAGCGGAGCUAUCUGACGAUGAGGGGAAAGAAACAGAGGUUGAAUAUCGGACGGUUACGAUCAACACGGAACAGAAAGUGUCAGACGUCUAUAACAUCGAAGAGAGACUGGGAUCGGGAAAAUUUGGACAAGUCUUCAGGCUUGUUGAAAAGAAGAAUGGAAAAGUUUGGGCAGGAAAAUUUUUCAAAGCAUAUUCUGCUAAGGAAAAAGAAAACAUAAGGGAUGAAAUCAGCAUCAUGAACUGCCUACAUCACCCAAAACUUGUCCAAUGUGUAGAUGCCUUUGAAGAAAAAGCCAACAUCGUUAUGGUUUUGGAAAUGGUUUCUGGAGGAGAACUCUUUGAACGAAUCAUUGAUGAAGACUUUGAACUGACUGAGAGAGAGUGCAUUAAAUACAUGAAGCAGAUUUCAGAAGGAGUUCAAUACAUUCAUAAGCAGGGUAUUGUCCACUUGGAUUUGAAGCCAGAAAAUAUUAUGUGUGUCAACAAGACUGGUACAAGUAUCAAACUCAUUGACUUUGGACUCGCAAGAAGAUUAGAAAAUGCAGGCUCUCUGAAAGUCCUCUUUGGAACACCUGAGUUUGUAGCUCCAGAAGUUAUAAACUAUGAACCUAUUGGAUAUGAAACAGAUAUGUGGAGUAUAGGAGUUAUCUGCUACAUUUUGGUCAGCGGACUUUCUCCUUUCAUGGGAGACAACGACAACGAAACCCUUGCCAAUGUCACCUCAGCAACGUGGGACUUCGAUGAUGAGGCUUUCGAUGAAAUCUCUGACGAUGCCAAGGACUUUAUCAGCAAUCUACUAAAGAAAGACAUGAAGAGUCGCUUAAAUUGUACUCAAUGUCUUCAGCAUCCCUGGCUGCAAAAAGACACCAAAAACAUGGAAGCCAAAAAACUUUCCAAAGAUAGGAUGAAGAAAUAUAUGGCCAGAAGAAAAUGGCAGAAAACAGGCCAUGCUGUCCGGGCAAUAGGAAGACUGUCAUCCAUGGCAAUGAUUUCUGGUAUGAGUGGGAGGAAGGCCUCUGGGAGCUCGCCUACCAGCCCUAUAAAUGCAGACAAAGCAGAGAAUGAAGAUGCUUUCCUCGAAGAAGUGGCUGAAGAAAAGCCCCACGUAAAGCCAUAUUUUACUAAAAAAAUCCUUGACAUGGAAGUUGUGGAAGGAAGUGCUGCUAGAUUUGACUGCAAAAUUGAAGGCUAUCCCGACCCUGAGGUGAUGUGGUUCAAGGACGAUCAGCCUGUCAAGGAGUCCCGUCACUUCCAGAUAGAUUACGAUGAGGAAGGGAACUGUUCUUUGACUAUUUCUGAAGUAUGUGGGGACGAUGAUGCCAAAUACACCUGCAAAGCUGUUAACAGCCUUGGGGAAGCCACGUGCACCGCAGAGCUCCUUGUGGAAACAAUGGCAGAAGGAGAGGGAGAAGGAGAAGAUGAAGAGGAGGAAGAAUGAAACAAGGCUAAAAAAUAUAUAAAUAUUUAAAGACUCUCCUUAUAAGGCUCAGAAAACCAAGUUAUCAAAAGCACCUUGUGUGAAACGUAGGUCUUUGGGGGGGUUGUUAUUUCAGCAUGAUCAGUUGAUACCUGUUAGCUUUAUGUAUGGGCAUUACUUCAAACCAGCAGGCUUUCUAAGUUGCUAGAAUGAUUGGAUUGACUUUAAGCAAGCCAUCAACUAAGUUGCCCAGACAAAUUUUAAAAUCAAAUGUAUGGAAACAAAGUUAUAUUCUGAACAUCCUAAAGAAAAAUAGUCUAUUUGCUGAGCUCAUUGCUCUUUACCAUCACUUUUCUCAGCCAAAACCGCAGCUAAGUUGGCUCCCCGAGAUCUACUUUAAAGGAAUCGUUGGCCAGACAUGCAGUGAAUCUCUCCAGUCCUGAGGAAUAGGCUAUCCCCUGAGCUGUAUCUUCUGUAAGGGAAGGUUUGACACAGCCAGCAUUGCGGUUUGUAUGUUGGCACAGUUCAUUUCUCAUCUGCUUUAAGCAGAGUCUCACAGUCCAAACUUCAGGCAUUUUCACUGCCUCUGUCAGUGCCCUUGUAUUACUGGCUAGCAUUAAACAUCCAGGUGAUUUCCUGAGAUACUUCUGAUCUUGCUUUUAGCCAGCUGAUCCCACUUUGUCAUCUUUCCCUUAUGGAGCCUGUUCACUUCAGUGCAGUUGCAGCUGCCUACUUAAGAAACAGACUAAAACACAAAGACUGAGAAUAUUUUCUGUGUUGCUGGUCAGUCUAAUAAAGACUUACGAAUCAUAUAUAUGCUGCUGUGAAAAAACAGGUUAUUGCACAAUCAGUGAUUUCUCUGUGCAAGUCUGUGAAUGGAAUCCCAGGUUAGUUAAAGUUUUACUUGCAUUUAUUUGGCAAUUGCAAAACAGAUUUCAACUGAUGAUAAGCUGGAAACUCCCACAAAUUUUUCGAGUAGCCAAAAAGAUAGUAGCCUGGAUUACAAACUCCUCUAUUCUUAGCAAUUUCCAAAGAAUCUUAACCUAUAUAGGACCUAUUUCUACCUUAUGAGCUUGACUGUCUUGUUUUUGUCUUGAACCUGCACCAGUAAGGCUGUUGCGUUUUCUAAAAACGCAGAAAAACAAAACAAAACAAAAUCCAAACCCCAUUUUUUUUUCUCAGAAAUGGUUAACGCACUCAGACUUAGUAACUUUGCUUUCCUUUCACAGUAUUGGCACUUUUUAAUUUUUUUUUGUUGUUGUUCAGAGGUAAUAUCAGAGGCUGCAAGGUGAUUAUGCAUAAUCCAAAACCAGUGUGUCUUAUAUCUAUGUAUCAUUCCAAAAGUGAUUUUCUUUUCCACUUUUUGUGUGUAAAGUGCAACCAUUUGCAUUUCAAAGGUUACCUCUUUUAAAAAAAGACAUUACUUAAAUCCUCACCAUUAAGUAGUCAGUGUACUUUAAUACAGGUGUGUACAUUAUCAACCUUAGGUUGUUUGAUAUUACCUAGUUGUGUAUGUGUUUCAUAUGAUUUGCUCUUCUACAUUCAAAGCUCAACUAAUGUGGAUGACACGAUGGUUUGUAACUGCUUUACUCUUUGUUGCUAAGUUCAGAUUGCCAGCAUGUCUUUUCUUUUUGAUUGACAAAAACCUCUUGUUAUACUAAACACAGUAUUGCCACAAUUCCUUAUUAGGAAAGGUUUUGAAUCUGAUUUAGAGCAUACAGAGCUUUCCUCACUUUUUUUUUUUUUAAACGUUUUAGGCAACAACGGGGUGUAUUUUGUACCUUAAUAAAAAUAUGCUAAUAUUCUCCCUGUUUGUUAAACCAUCAGAAUUGCAAAGAUGAGACCGCUACGGCUGUAGUUACUCACGGUUCCUAAAUAAAUACUACCACAAAGCACA